AUGCCCAAACGACUGGCCAAAAAACCAACGUCUGGACUGAGCAAUCAAGGCAACACUUCUGGUAAUACUAUUUGCAGCGAGAGCACAGAAGUGAACAACCAAGGCAUAGUAACGCAUUUGAUCAGCUUAUUGACUCCAAGAAUGCUGGAAUCACCAAUUCGUUCCCAAUCUUCAAGCUCAGGAGCUUCCCAGGUCAGCGACUACGAUGAGGAGAGAUUGAAGAACAAGAAGCAUAUUGAAACGCUUCGAAAGUCACUCCAGAACCCAAAUUUGUCACCAUCUGUUAGGACGAUGUUGGAGAAUGGACUUCGGGACUUUGAAAAAACCGAAAGAGACUACGAAAACAUGCUUCCGAAGUAUACAGAUCUGCAGCCACCUCCAUAUAGAGAAUAG